ACCUGGUUCCUUUCGGGUCUGAGAGUAAGGAGACAGAGAGGCCUGGGGGUCUGAUGCGAAGCUGAUCUAAUUUCCUCUGGUUGAAACUUUUAUCUACCAAAAUGUCAAAAAGGCCAUCUUAUGCUCCACCACCCACCCCAGCCCCCACAACCCAAAUGCCCAGCACACCAGGGUUUGUGGGAUACAAUCCAUACAGCCAUCUGGCGUACAACAACUACAGGCUGGGAGGGAACCCGGGCACCAACAGCCGGGCCACGGCAUCAUCAGGUAUUACAAUCCCCAAACCCCCAAAGCCUCCAGAUAAGCCACUCAUGCCCUACAUGAGGUACAGCAGGAAGGUCUGGGACCAAGUGAAGGCGUCCAACCCUGACUUGAAGUUAUGGGAAAUUGGGAAGAUCAUUGGAGGGAUGUGGCGUGACCUCACUGAUGAAGAGAAGCAAGAAUACUUAAAUGAAUAUGAAGCAGAAAAGAUAGAGUACAACGAAUCAAUGAAGGCUUAUCAUAAUUCACCUGCUUACCUUGCCUAUAUCAAUGCCAAAAGUCGUGCUGAAGCUGCCCUGGAGGAGGAAAGCCGGCAAAGGCAAUCUCGAAUGGAGAAAGGUGAACCUUAUAUGAGCAUCCAGCCUGCUGAGGAUCCAGACGAUUAUGAUGAUGGAUUUUCUAUGAAACAUACUGCUACUGCCCGUUUCCAGAGAAACCAUCGUUUAAUUAGUGAGAUCCUGAGUGAAAGUGUAGUUCCUGAUGUUAGAUCUGUGGUUACUACAGCAAGAAUGCAAGUCCUCAAACGCCAAGUCCAGUCAUUAAUGGUUCAUCAGCGUAAACUUGAAGCUGAACUCCUUCAAAUAGAAGAACGUCAUCAAGAAAAGAAGAGGAAGUUUUUGGAAAGCACGGAAUCCUUUAACAGUGAGCUUAAACGGCUGUGCAGCCUGAAGGUAGAAGUGGACAUGGAGAAAAUUGCAGCAGAAAUUGCACAGGCUGAAGAACAAGCCCGUAAGCGGCAGGAAGAAAGGGAGAAAGAGGCUGCAGAGCAAGCUGAACGCAGUCAGACCAGCAUGGGCACUGAGGAGGAGCAGGCAGCCAGCAAGACAGAGGAGAAAAAAGAAGAGGGAACUCCUCCCAUGGAAACAGAAGAACCUCCUCCAGAAGAAGCUAUUGAGAAUCAGCAGAAUGGCGAAGGGACGUCCACUCCUGAAGACAAGGAGAGUGGGCAAGAAGGUGUUGAAAGCAUGGCAGAGGAAGGAACAAGUGAUAGCAAUACUGGUUCAGAAAGCAAUAGCGCCCUAGCUGAAGAACCCCCAGCUGAUCCAGCAACUUCAGAAGAUGGUGAAAAGAAAGAGUAAACAAAAACAAAGUCACUUCCUUCCAUAUAGGUCUUCACUUUUUUAAAAGAUUCGUGAGUUGUAGUGGAGUUGAUAUGUAAACUGUCAUUAGUAUUGUUGUAAGUUGUUUGUUUCACAAUAUAGUCCAUGCAUUUUUUUAAUC